AUGUCCGGGUGGGAGGCUGAUCAGGCUGCAGCAGCAGCAGCAGCUCACGCAAAAAGUGGAUCACUGAUGCGGAAGUUGGUACAGAUGAAGCUGCCUAUGCUGCAUAUGACCUCUGAUGACACGAUGAGCACGCCUUGGACUACCACCGUGCACCCACUGCUGAGCUCCAGCACAAGGGAGCCGCUCCCGCGUGUCUCAAUGGUGCGGACAUCUAUUUCCGGCGGUGCCCGGGCUGGCAGCGGUAAUGUGGCGCAGCGGUUAGAAAGUCUCCGUACCGUUGAGGAUGCGGAAGCAGCAGCAGGAUUGAUGGAAAAGCUGCGUCGACUCGUUGUGCUGCAGCGAAGGAAAUAUAAGGAGCUUCUUAAGAUGGAGGAAGAUGCCUUUAAGAGCUUAGUGCGCCAAGCAGAGUCAAGUGUGGAAAGCAUUACCUCCUUUGUAGCGUUUCGGGAAAGAAUGGAGGCGUCAGCAGAGCGGCAGCGAAAACUGAUGGUUCCGUGGCUUGAGUGCAGGUUUGCGGAUAAUUCUGAACGCCUCAUACAAGACGAGUGGGAGGCGCGCCAAUCGAUCAUUAGCUACGAGCGACGUUUACGGGACGCGAAGCAGCUUGUGGAGUGGAUGACGGGUGCGGCCAUGCGCUUCAAGCGGGCGAUGGAGGUACUAUUGCACGGGGAGGAAUGCCGUCGUAAGUUCAUUGAACGUGCCGAAAUGCGAGAGGCGCGCGAGAUACCAGUUCUGCGUCCAUUCGUUGUGGUGUUUGAGAACCUAGGCGUGCUGGGGAAGUGCCCAUUUUUGUCGGUGCAGGAUUGCCCUUUUUUCUGCCGCGGCGAGGGGGUCCGCAACUCCCACUACGAAGUCAGAGAGUGGGGCAGGCGCUGA